AUUUCAAUUCCCCGUCACAAUAUAAUGGAAGUGGAUAAAAUCGAUUUGAGUUUGGAUGAAAUUAUCAAAUUAAAUAAAAAAGAACAGAAAGGGAACAGAGGGCGUGGUAGAGGGAGGGGUCAAGGGCGUGGCCGUGGUGAUGGCCGACCAGUACGUGGCAGAGGUGGCGGUAACAUAAGAGGUACACUAAUUAUAACCAAUCGAUCGUUGCGAGGUCAGAGAAGGGGCGGAGCUAACAGAGGGAUAAGAAGGGGAGGAGCUAUCACAGCUGUAAGGGGAAGGAACAGAUAUAAUCAAGUAAAGAAAACAGGGACCAAUCCAUUAGAUAGACUGAAUAGUGAAACUGUUGGCACACAACAAAUGAGAGGUAGGGGUGGAAUUCGGGGAAGGCUUAGAGGAAGAGGUGGUCUUAGGGGCCGGGGUCUAAGAAGAGGUCAGGGCCAGGUCAGAGGUCAGGGCCAGGUCAGAGGUCAAGGUGCUAUAAGAGGUCAAGGUCAAAGUAUAGGUACAGGACUGAUAAGCUUAAAUAGGCGGAAAGAACAAGCUAUAAAGAGUCUCUUGAAGGCCAAACAGACAUUAGCGAGUCUUAAUGCAAGACAGCGAGAACAGAAACAAAGUCGAGGACUUUUAAUAAACCAGAGACGAGGGCUACAGACAUCCACCAACAGUUUGAAUAAAUUAGGUCGAGGUGGGGGGAGAGGUAGAGGUGGGAGAGGUAGAGGAGGGGCUGUGAGAGGGGGGCUAACUAGAUACAACAGCAAUAUGUCCCUUACCUCAGUCGGGUCACAGUCACAGAGGCGUGGACGAGGUAGAGGUAGAGGUCAAGGUCAGCAAGGGUUGAACCGCACAUUUAGUGGUAGUUUGGUCUCAGUAAGUGGCAUUGGAACCUCAGGGAACAGACAAAGGAGAAGAUGGAGACAACCAAAGACAAAUGACUCCUCAUUAUUGACGAUAUCUGUACAAAAUUCACCGCCAGUAUCACCAAAAAGAAGGAACAAAUUACCAAGGUACAAUGUACCUAACAGAUCAGACUCGAACCCAGAACUGCAGGCUCAGAUACGGAGCUUGAAACCAGCAGUGUCUACGAAAUACAACUUCAAGAAAUCUAUGUUUGCUCAGGCUUCAACAUCAACAUCCCUAAGUGACAGAUUCGCAUCCAGUAGCGCCACAUCACCUAAAGCAGAAAGUGUUAUGACUGACUCCCAGGGACGCAAAGUUUUCUUCUAAAUUUAGUCAUGUGUCAUAGCAACUUAAAGGCUUCCAUUUAUGUAAAAGAAUACCAUGGACUUAGCAUGUGAUAAUAAAUGAAAGUGAUUAGUGAUUUUAUAAAGUGAAGUUAUGAUUUAUUGUGGGUUUUUUUAAUUGGACUAGAAUGUUCCAAUUACAAUGAAAUUGUACAACCUUCGAAGAUAAAAGAACUUCAUCUGGGAAAGAAUUUCAGGAGAUGUUUUUUGUGUAAUUAGAAAAAAACUUCAGAGAGGAAUAAAUCAGAUUUGUGACCCACAGAACAGUUGCUUACUUGUUAAGAAUGCUUUAUAAGGGGGUGAUAAGGUGUUAUUGUCAAGUGGCGUGGUUUUAAAUGACCGGAAUACUGUUUAAAUUACAUAGUUCUCUUAGAAAAUGUUUUAGCAUUGUUUCAUUGAUGGUAAAGGGUAAAACGUGUGAUAUGAAAGCGGAAAAGGUUGGUUUUUAUGAUGGAAGUUUCUGAAUUAGAAGGGAAGAGGCAUGUUUCUCGCCAUUUGUUUUUUAACAUUUUAUCAUGACCAGGAUGAAAGCUUUCAAAUUUAGAGCAAUUAUCGGGGUGAAUGCUCAAUUAAAAUUUUGAAUGAACAUGUAAGUCUUAAUAUAGCAUUUAAUGCUCAGUCCCAUUCUCAUCAUCAUUUUGACUUAAUAUAUGUGUUUGUGUUUUUAUAAUCACAUGAAUGUUAGCUGGGAAGACUUAUGCCCCAAGACAUUAGUCAUAGAAUAGUUCUAGGGUAUUAAAAGAUACAAGUGACAAGAAUCAUGGGAAAUUUGUUGAUAAGUUGAUUAAAAUUUGAUUGUAGAGUCAUUUAUUUCAUUCAUUAAUACUUACUGUAAUUUUGACUCACUAUGAACAUCUGCUUUUAAAUGAAUGAGCAAUAUGAUUUUAUUCAACUCGUUCAAUAAAUUUAGUAUUAAAUCUACACUUAUUCAAUAUCCGCUAUAUCAGUAUCCUAUAUUCAAUAUAUAAGCGCAAAAAGAUAUGAAAUAAGUGGAAUCUUCACACCUCACACUAUUAUCAUGGAUAAAAAUACUUCACAAAACAACCAGCUAGGUUAUGGAAUAAGUGUUUAAUGAACAUAUCAAGUUAAGAAUUAAUAUGUUCUUUUGUUUUAUUCAAUUAUGUUGUGUUUACAUGUAGAUUUAUUUAUCUAUCAUCCAUUUUAGUAUACAUGUAGAAUAAAUUGUUUUUUCUUUAAA